AGGCGGCGGCAGGCCCAGCCCCCGGUCGCAGCGCCCGGGGCGGCUCCUCUGCGAGCCUAAGGGACCGCUCGCUGCGCUGCCGCCGCCAGCUCUGCUACCGCCACCUCCAAGCGCUGGCCUGAGUCCCGGCCCGCGCUGUGCCCGCCUCGGCUUCCUGCCCGCCCAGACACCGCUCCGACCGAGCUCCGGGUCUCGGCUCCGCGGAGGGAGAGGAAAUGAGUGCGGCCGCGGCGCCGGCGCCCGAGCGCGGUUGGAAGAGCGAGAAAGUGGACGAGGCUCAGGCCCUGGCGCGGAGUUGCGCCGCCCGCAGACCCGACUUCCAGCCGUGCGACGGGCUCUCCAUCUGUGCCACGCACAGCCACGGCAAGUGCUUCAAGCUGCACUGGUGCUGUCACCUCGGAUGGUGUCACUGCAAGUACGUGUAUCAGCCGAUGACCCCUGUGGAACAGCUUCCCAGCACGGAGAUUCCUUCAAAGCCUUGGGAGCCUGCCAACACCAUUCAGAUUUCGGUCUCCCUCACUGAACACUUUCUGAAAUUCGCAUCUGUUUUCCAGCCCCCUCUCCCCCCUGACUCGCCAAGGUACUGUAUGAUCUCAGACCUCUUUAUUGACAACUAUCAGGUUAAAUGUAUUAAUGGGAAGAUGUGUUACGUGCAGAAGCAGCCGGCACCACAUUCCCACAAAAUGAGCCCCGAGGAGGUCUCUGCACAUGAUGCCUUUAUUUCAAAAGAGAGCAACACACCAAAAAUAGAUCACUGCUCUUCUCCCUCAAGUUCCGAGGACUCUGGGAUCAACGCGAUUGGGGCUCACUAUGUGGAAUCGUGUGAUGAGGACACGGAAGAAGGAGCAGAACUGAGUUCAGAGGAAGAUUACAGUCCAGAGAGCAGCUGGGAGCCAGAUGAGUGCACCCUUCUUUCCCCCUCGCAGUCUGAUCUGGAAGUGAUUGAAACAAUAGAAACCACCGUGUGAGGGUCCAGGCAGGAAGCCACGUCCUCUGAUCCAUGCUGAGCUUUUGUACUUUUGUCUGAUGGAUCCUUUUUCCAGUGCAGUGUUUUCUACCCCUCUAUAACAACCAUAGCAGUUCAGUGGUCUGCUGAUUUAGCUUCACUUUUAAAUUCGUCUUAUAACUAAGACAUUCUUUUGUUAAAAAUGAUUUUCUUUUGUAUCUACACUUCCUUUCUGUGUAGCAUCUGGUGUCAUGAAUUGUGACCCAGCCUUAAUUUCACUGGGAACUUUGAAAGCGAUGAAGCGAUGAUCACAGAGCGUCAUGGAUCAGGUUGAGGAGAUACCCAGAGUGAAGGAGAUACUGUUCUAAAAAUAGCCAGUUCUUCGCAGAACAACUCUCUGGCAGCCCUUUUGGCAUGCUCAUGAGCACCGCUCCCCUGCUAGUCCCGGGUGGAGAAUUGGUUCACGUGACCUGUUCAGGCUGUGCUCUGGCGCAGGCCAUUCUGUCCUCCCCUCUUCUCCCUACCACCUGCCCUGGCUCUAGGUCAGUGUUGGCACAGCUUCCUGGAGGCCAGCUCAGCCCCCAGUUAAGGCAGUGUCUGCACCACCAGCCCUCCUGGCGCAGGGCUCGGCCUCGCUCCAGAAGAGAUGACAUCAUCUGUUUCAUGCUCAGUCCAGCUUAGGUUGAAUGCCUGUCCCCACUCCAGGGUGCUGUGUGGAUACAGAAUGAAUAAGGCCUGACUCCCAGCAGGAAGGGACCAUAGUCCACUUGGGGAGGUAAUCCAUGCAGGUGAGGGGACCUAGAGUGCCCUGGGAACCUGGGGGAGGCAGAGAUGCACUUGGCUUGGGCUAGCUGAAGGAGUAGCAUUUGAGCUGGCCUCAGGGGUGGCUUCCUCAACAUUUCCCUGCUAUUUAAAAUUGUUCAAAUCUGUGGGAAACUUUUAGGAAGUCAUAUAGGUAUUAUAUUUAGAAGGCAGCCACAUCUGAUGUCUUAAGGAAAAAAAUCAGUAAUAGUUUUAGUUAGCAUGGAAAUGCUAAAGACAGCAGUCCUUUAGGGAUUAGGAAUGAAUCUAAUAGGUUUGAUUAACUCUGCUUCAUUUGGUUGUAUGAAGCAUUAGAAUGGCUUAGGUGAGAAAUGGAUUAGAAUUCAGUAUGAUGCAUGGAUUUUUUAUGCCAAUGCAAAAACAGUUGAAAUAGUUCGCUGCUAAGUCAGGAAAAAAUAUUUUGUGUAACAUUCAUUUCCUUUACUACAGUAAUAUUCAUGGACUGUUGUAAAUGUUCUCUUUUCUUACACACAUAAAAUAGUGACUGAUUCUUUCUUAUUUAGCUGUCUUCAGAAUUUUGCUCCUAAUCUCCACUUAUAACAGGUGUUCUUGUGUGAGUUGGUUAUCUGCCAUUUCUCCAGAUGUACUGUCUGUGAGGCAUUGUUAAGAAUCCAGGAAGUUUGAAAUACGGCCACACGAAACUAAACUACCCAAGUUGGAGACAGAGAAUCACUCCCUGUACCCUGGCUCGCCACGAGCGUGCUCUCAUGGCAUCAUCAUGUGCUCUGUUGGCAUUACGAUGCGACUCUUCUGUGUCACGCUAGUUCAUAUUUUAAGAAACAAGAAGAGGCCUGUUGUGUCCUUUCUUGAAGCCUCCACUUGGCAUCCUGCACAAAUCUCUCCAGGCAGAACCUGCUUUCCUAGUUGUAUGUGCAGUUCACGUGACUGGCUAGAACAUUUUGUUAGGUUCAGGUGCCCUAAACAUCCUUAGGGUUUAGGAAGCAGAGUGCGCGUAUUCCUUUGAAAGCAGUGUUACUUAACACUUUGUGUGGUAGGUGAGAAUGCAGCCAGCAUAAAGUUUCCACUUACUGAAACAUAAAGACUCAACACAUCAACCGGAGAAGGUGCUGUCCAGAGCUCCAGGGCCAGCGGGGCCCAGGAGAGGGCGACAGAGGCAGGUGUGGGGAGAAAGGCUUAGCGACAAAGAGCUGAUGAGCCCUGCUCUGGGCUCUCUCAGUGCUGCCCGGACUGACUGGCCAGCUGCAGCCAGGGUCCUGUCUGCACCUAGCCGUGGGUGAGCUCAUUUCAUCCCUGGACAGGAAUACGAAGCUCUCUUUGUACUGCUUCUAUCAGUUCUCUCCUCCAUCUGUUAAUGUGUUGAUAGUUGGGGUCAAUCACCAGGUCUCCAAAGCCAUGGGAAUCCAUGGGCUCAGGGCCACGCUUCUGAGACUGGCUGUGCCAGGGUAGGGCCCUUCUUAGUAAUAUAUAUGACUUUUGCCUAGGUUCCUAUUUUUAAAAACUCCUGAACUGCCAUUCAGAUUAGCCAGGAUUUUAAUGGAAUUUUGGAUUUAACACUAGUUGAUAAUCACUUUAAAUACUCUUAUAAACUCUUUAUAAUUAAAAACUCACUAAGAUUCACUUACUACUAUCAAUUUUAUAGAAUUGGAGACAUCCCAUUGGAUUCUAAAUAUCAAAUGCUCCUGGAUCUCAAAAUAGCCUUUUCUAAAUAAGCACAAGCAAGAAUUUUUUUGUCCUAUCACUGUUAAUAAUUAUUUGAAAAUCAUAUAUGAUUGAAUCAGAAUUGUUUCUUUAUGCUUGCAUUCCAAAAAAAACUGAUAAGGGUAUAAAAAUAUGUAGUUUCAACUUAAAUUCUAGGCCUAUUCUGUUCUAUAUUAUAUGAAAGAAUUUCUCUGUAAUUCUGAUACUACAUUAUGCAUUUGUAUAAGCAUAUUUAUAGGCACUUUAGAAAAUGUUUAGAUUGCAGUGUGUAUUAUAGACAUUGAGCACAGUUAUGUUAAAUAGGCUUUUGAUUAAUACUUGUACACUGAGAGAUAUGAAAGCUUUAUCACUUGGACGUUUGCUCACUUGGGGCAAAGAGUUGGGCUGUGUAAAUGGAUCUCAGGCUUUUGUCAAAAGCUGACACCAUUCCCACUUUUUGAAAGUUGGUGUAAAAGCUAUUAGGUAGAAGAUACGAAAUAAGUACUGUAUGGAGUUUAGCUUUCUGAUCUAACCAAGAUUUCUUUUAGCAUUUUCAAGUUUCACAUGUGUUCAUGACUUUUCUGAGAAAUAACAAAGCAAUUAAAAUGUUUUUGUGGUUAUAACUAUUUGGUACAUUAACAAUGGAAGCUUUACAAUCAAAAAUCAGGUAUAUUCAAGAUUUGAAAUGUAAAUCUGAGAAAAACCUCUGUAGAAAAACUGCCGCAUUCCUGGAAGGGGUUGACCUGUAGUUCAAAGUAAUAUAGUACAAAUACAAUCAGCAGAACCAGAACAAAACCAUAAAGUUGUUUCCCUGAAGUACUUUUUUGGAUUUGAACUAGGAUUUGAUUUUAUCUUGAGAGUGGUGGUUUUAUUUCUUAAUCUCUGCUUCCUGGCUUGUUUGAACCAUCGUAGUUCCUUUGAUCAUAACCUCCUUUUAUGCAGAUAUCUCUACUUAGGCAGUAGGAUGCAACCAGGUAAUUUAGAAAGCUGUCAAAAUAUCCAGAUACUUUUGGUGGUAUAAAUACUUUUAGGCAAGGGGGGAAAUAGCACAAUUAAAAGAAUAUUUAUACUGUCAGCACUUUUAUUAUUCCAUCUUAUUUGCAAAAUUUUGUUGACAUAUUUUGGACUUUUACACGAGGAAAAUGAAGUGUUCUUGGGUUUUCUCCCCUACCCCCCACUCCAGAGGAGUCAGCACAGUAACCACCACUGUGUUUCGGGCUUUUGUGUGCUUGUGUCUCUUCCCGUUGAGGAGGGAGAAGGCAGUGGGUGUGCUGUGCUCUUGGUCAGGGCUGUCAGUGUUUCUCACAUUCAACCACGAGUACAAGGGCACUCAGAACCAACUGGGGAACAAUUCACCUUUAGAAGACUUCUGUGUCACUGCUCCCUUUCACUAUCAUGGAUAAUUGAGAGUUGGCUGUGCUGGGAAAGAGCUGCGUCUCUGGUCGAGCUUUGGGUUCUUUCUGUUCAGACUGAAGUGCCCUCUUCAUAGGCUGGACAAGUCUAAAGGCAAGUCAUCACUAGCAGUUUUAAUGCUGAGCUUCCGUAUCAUGGUGUUCAUAUGUACUUCUAAGGAUGUUUGUACCUUGUAAUAUUCACUUACUGUGUGAUUUUUAAAACCUGUCUGUUUUCAAGUUUUAAGCACAAUGUUGAUUCUUCUCUAAUUUCCUAGAAUUACAUUGUUUUCCUACAAACAGCUCAACUUUCCUCUCUGUAUAAUACUUUAGGAGAAUACUACCUUGUAAAAUAAACGUGAUCUUUUUCUUUUAUACCAGCACAAAUACGCUAUUUUGAAUUUUGGCAUAUUCUUCCUCCCCACCCCACCCCUGCCUUUGGAGAGGUUCUGUCUAAAUAGUAAUACAAUGUGAGCUAAAUGAACAACAAAAAAACCUCAUUUGCAAAAUGUGAAACGUUUAUAUCAGUGCUUACUUUGUGCUAGGAAAUAAGUUGUUUACAUCAUUAUUCCAUUUAAAUUUUACAGAAACUUAUUGCAGAUAGUUAUUAUUGCAUACCCUAUACACUCAUAGUCACCACUUGAUAACUCCCAGAACCCUUUAAGUAACUGUUUUGUUGGCUGCAUGAGGUUUAUACAAAUAAAAAUUACGUUCCCUAACAAACAGGGUUUAUUCCA